AUGAAGUGCCUCCCGCUCGCCCUGGGCCUGGCCCUCGUGUGUGGCCUCCAGGCCGCCACCGUCCCCCUGACCAUGGAAGGCCUAGACCUGCAGAAGGUGGCUGGGACAUGGCACUCCAUGGCCAUGGCGGCCAGCGACAUCUCCCUCCUGGACUCGGAGACCGCCCCGCUGAGAGUGUACGUCCAGGAGCUGAGACCCACGCCCCGGGACAACCUGGAGAUCAUUCUGCGCAAAUGGGAGGACAACAGGUGUGUUGAGAAGAAGGUCUUAGCAGAGAAAACGGAGUGUGCGGCCAAGUUCAACAUCAACUAUCUGGAUGAGAACGAGGUCAUCGUGCUGGACACCGACUACGAGAACUACCUGUUCUUCUGCCUGGAGAACACCGACGCCCCCGGGCAGAACCUCGUGUGCCAGUGCCUGACCAGGACCCUGAAGGCCGACAACGAGGUCAUGGAGAAAUUCGACAGAGCCCUCCAGACUCUGCCCGUGCACGUCCGCCUCUUCUUUGACCCGACCCAGGUGGCAGAGCAGUGCCGCGUCUAGGAGCAAGCAGACCUUUCGGUCCCCUCCUCCAGAAGGCAGACGUCUCCUUGUCCUCUCAAAGAGGAAGCCAGAGACCUGGUCCCGUCCCCUUCCUCCUUCCUGGUCCCUGUGCUUGGGGGCCGGGCACCUGCUCUCUGAGGAUUCUAAAUAAAGCCUCAUGACCUCU